AUUUUUGUUCAAUGUGUUUCAGUCAUUUUAAUUAUAAAAUAUGAGCGAAGAAGAAAGUUUAUUUCCUGAGUUGAAAAAUGACUUGAUAUUAAAAGCUACUAGAGGAGAAAAUGUUUCACGUGUGCCUGUUUGGGUAAUGAGACAAGCUGGUAGAUAUUUACCAGAGUUUCGUAAUCUUAGAGUUGAAAAUGAGUUUUUUGAUGUUUGUAGAACACCAUCUCUGGCAUGUGAAGUCACUAUGAUGCCUAUCAGAAAAUAUGAUCUUGAUGCUGCUAUAAUUUUUAGCGAUAUCCUUGUCAUACCACAAGCUUUAGGAAUGCAAGUGGAAAUGCAGAAAGGAAAAGGUCCUGUUUUUCCAAAACCAUUGCUUGAUGCAACUGAUAUAAAGCUUCUAAAUGUUGAUGUUGAUGUAAAGAUAGAGCUAAAAUAUGUUUUGGAUGCCAUAACAUUGACCAGAAAGACUCUAGAUGGAAAGUGUCCUCUCAUUGGGUUUGCAGGAGCACCGUGGACCCUAAUGGCUUAUAUGAUUGAAGGAGGAGGUUCCAAAACAUAUUCUAAAGUUAAGAAAUGUCUGUAUGUCGAUCCAGAUUCUUGUAAAAAUUUGCUCAACAUUUUAACUAGAGUAUGUAUUGAUUUUCUGGUUGAGCAAGUCAAAGCAGGAGCACAAAUAUUGCAAGUGUUUGACUCCCAUGCUGGUGAACUUUCUGCUGACAUGUUUAACAUUUUUUGUCUACCGUAUUUAAAAGAUAUUGCAACUUCUGUUAAAAAGGUUUUGGGGCCGAACCAAUCUGUUCCAAUGAUAAUAUUUGCAAAGGGAUCACAUUAUGCAUUAAAAGAUUUGGGUGAAUCAGAUUAUGAUGUGAUUGCUUUGGACUGGACUAUGAAUAUUGAGGAUGCACGGCGACUAUGUCCUCAUAAAACUUUAAUGGGAAAUCUUGAUCCUUGUGCAUUAUAUUCUUCUAAGGAAGACAUUGACACCCGUGUCAAAAAGAUGGUUCAAAUGUUCGGAACAUCAAAAUACAUCGCUAAUUUGGGUCACGGAAUUUAUCCUGAUGUUGAUCCAGAUCAUAUGGAAGCAUUUGUUAAUGCAGUUCAUCGACAUUCACAAAGUUUAUAGAUUUGUUAUUUAAGAAAAGAAACAUGUUUCUACUCUUUA